CCCCACUGCUCGCGUCCGCGCCCGCUAACGACCUACCGGCUCGCUAGUUCACUGUGACUGCGCGCAGGAGUAAAUAGUGACCUUCGCCCUUGCUCACCGAUUCCGAGUUUCUGCCUCCGCCGCAAGCCGUGCUGUUUGUGUAAUUCCAGUGAGCAUGCUCGUUUCUUCGUUCGUUUUAAGUUUUUAGCUCCUCAGUCUCGAUUCCAGAUUUUAUAAUGAUUCAGAGGGAAUGGAGCUCCAUAUCCAAGGGCUCAUGGUGCACAGCAUUAUUAGUAGUUAUCGCAGUCUUUUGCACAUUUGUACAAUCAUCUUCAUCAUAUGAAUGUGUCGGACCAUCCCAUUUCGAAUGUACAAAUCACAGGUGUAUAUCCAUGGAUUUAAGGUGCGACGGAGAUGACGAUUGUAAUGAUGGAUCCGAUGAACACGGUUGUAAUGUGGAUAAAUCAAAAAAUGAAACCUGUGCUAGUACCCAGUUUGAUUGCGGUCAGGGCCAAUGUAUACCACGGUCCUGGGUUUGUGAUGGGAAUGCAGAUUGUGAGGACGGUAAAGAUGAAGGAGCUGCAGGCUGCGCUGAAAGCCAUUGCGCAGCGUCUGAGUGGGAGUGCCCUCAUAACCAUCGCUGUAUCCCGAAUGAUUAUAUCUGUGAUGGGGAUGAUGAUUGUGGUGACAAUUCAGAUGAAGACGACUGUACAGGCAAGAAUAAUUUUACAGAGUGCACUUCAGCGUUUGGAAAAUUUCUCUGCAAAAAUAGGAAUCAGUGCAUCGAUGAUUCUCUUCUGUGCAACGGGCACCCUGACUGUAAAGAUGGGUCAGAUGAGGGUGGUCACUGUGCUUCGAAAGCUCAAGUAGCUACUGACUGUGCAAAGCUAAACUGUACCCACUCGUGUGUUGAAAGCCCAGAUGGACCAGUUUGCGUCUGUGGAUCAGGAUAUCACCUUGAAGGAAACGUCUGUGAAGAUAUUAAUGAGUGCUUGGAAUGGGGAACAUGUGACCAAAUGUGUGAAAACACGGUCGGAGGUUACAUCUGUGAAUGUGAACCUGGAUACAAACUGGAAAGUAACGGACGCACAUGCAAAGCAGAAGAGGGUGAAGGACUUCUGAUCUAUUCAAGCCUCAAAAAGAUUAAGUCUCUAUAUCUGACAUCUCGCAUAUCAAUGACAGUUGCCUCUGAGGUUCCAUAUGCGACAGGUGUGUCUUUUGAUGGUAAACAUGUCUAUUGGACGACCGUGCUUGAUGGAGUUGAAUCUAUUGUUCGGGCAAGUGAGGAUGGAUCUCAUGAAACCACCAUUGUUGAUUCAGGUGUUGGCUCCCCUGAAGACCUAGCUGUCGACUGGGUGACUGGUAACAUCUACUUCACUGAUGGCGAGUACCAACAGAUCGGCAUUUGCACCUACAACGAAGAGCUGGUUGAAACGAAAUGCGCUGUCCUCCACAACAAAGACCUGAACAAGCCCCGCGCAAUUGUUUUAAACCCAGCUGAUGCGGUCAUGUACUGGUCUGAUUGGGGCUUUAAACCACUCAUCGCCCGUUCUGGAAUGGAUGGCACAGACUUCUAUGAGUUUGUAACGACAGAGCUCCAUUGGCCCAAUGGUCUCACAAUUGAUCACGGAAAUCGGAGAGUAUAUUGGGUCGAUGCGAGACUCGGAACUGUUGAAACUGUUGAUUUUCAAGGCCGUGAUCGGCGGAAAAUAUUAACUGAUCUCAAUGAUCAUCCUUUCGCAAUCGCUGUUUUUGAAGAUAAAAUCUAUUGGAGUGGAUGGACAAACCAAGAAAUAGUAGAAUGUAAUAAGUUCACCGGGAAAAACCGAGUACAAGUUGUCAAAAGUCGGAAAGACAAAAUUUACGGUGUGCACAUUUUUCACCCAACUUUGCAAAAUCAUUCGCUACCAAAUCCGUGCGCCGGGAAGUGCAGUGACAUCUGUGCUCUAUCUCCAUCAGCUUCAAGCGGAGGCAAAGGCUACUCUUGCUUGUGCCCUGACAAUAAAAUCUUAUCCCCCUCUGGAGAAUGGUGCCAAGAACAGCCCAAAGAAUCUGUCAUUGUUAGCAUUGGAAACUUUGUUUUCCAGCUGAAAGUGACUCUUGGGAAGCAGUACAUUCAUCCGCUGCCUGUUAAUAACCUCCAGUCUGUCAGUGCAAUCGUCUACAACUCCUUUGAUGGCUCUCUAUUAAUAGCUGACCCAGAUGCCAAAAUGAUUUACUCGUAUCAACUGAACACGGACACCAUGGAGACUCUAAUUGAUCUCAAAGUGGGCUAUGUCUCAGCAUUGGCUUACGAUCCCAUUGGCCGGAAUCUCUAUUGGUGCGACAAAGAGGCCGGCACUGUAGAAGUGUUCAGUUUCUUCUCUCACAGAAGGAAGUUGUUGCUCCGGGAAUUUGACGAUGAAAAACCUUUCGCCAUGACUCUCAUACCAGAAGAAGGCCUGAUGUUCGUCAUUGCCAAAGCCCAUGACCACCUUCACAUUGAUCGGAUCAACAUGGAUGGCUCACUAAGCACACUGACUCACAUGACCAGUCUCAAGUUGCAAGGACCGGAUGUAGCUUUGCACUAUGACAGUGAUUCUCGCAGGGUUUAUUGGGCUGAUCACUCAGCUGGCCUCAUUGAGAGCACCGAUACGAAUGGAAACGACAGGCAAGUAUACCGUGACGUAUCAUCACCUUUAGCUCUGACCGAUGUGGAUAGAGACCUUUAUUGGACAUCAGAUGGUCGCCCACACCUGUACUACUCUGAGAAAAGCAAUGCAAGCAUGCCCGUCAGGAAAAUCAACAUGGAACGAUUUUUGCGAUCACCAAAGGACCACUAUCGGAUGUUUGUUACUGCAAUCAUCCCUGAUAAAACUACUAGAGAUCAUCCUUGCCAAACUAACAAUGGCAAGUGUAGCCAUUUUUGCCUCCUCACCAGUCGUAAUCCAAAGCAUGUAUGCAGUUGUCCUGAUGGGAUGAAGCUGGCGGAUAAUGGUCAGGACUGUGAAGAGAUUGCUGCAUGUGGAGCACAUGAAUACCAUUGCACGACAGGUGAAUGCAUUCCAAUGUCGAAGAAAUGCGACCGAAACAAGGAUUGCCCCUAUGGCGAAGAUGAGACCUUCUGCCCAGCACAGUGUGAGACUGAUCAGUUUGCGUGCUUUGAUGGACAAAAAUGUAUCGAUGCCAAGGAUAGAUGCAACAUGCAUUUUGAUUGUCACGACCACUCUGAUGAGGCUAACUGCCAAAAUGUCACCUGCGAUCAAUCAUACAACUUUUUGUGCCGAACCGGUGAAUGCGUAAGUCACGCUGUGCUGUGCAAUAAUGAAUGGAAUUGCAAGGACGGUAGUGAUGAAGAGAACUGUACGACUUCCACGUGCCCUUCCAGCGAGUUUCGGUGUCAUUCCGGAACAUGCAUACCGAAGAACUGGGUCUGUGAUCUGGAUGCCGAUUGCCCCGACCAAUCAGAUGAAAAUAACUGCAGUUUCUCAAGAAAAGAAAAGUGCACCGAAUUCUUGUGUCAGAGUGGCAUGUGUGUAGCACAGGAACUUGUCUGUAACGGUCAAACCGAAUGUGACGAUGGAAGUGACGAAUUCAAUUGCGAUGAGCCGGUUCCAAAAACGGCAAACAAAGAGGAUGGUUUUAUAGAUAACUGUGAUGAAGAGAAGGAGUUCAUGUGCGAGCCUGGCAAAUGCAUUAAUCUUAUAUUCAAGUGUAAUGGUGUUAAAGAUUGCGAGAACGGAGCUGAUGAGCUAAACUGCAUAGGCUGUGAACAAUUCACUUGCAAUAAUGGGAAAUGCAUCACUUAUGAUCUUGUAUGCAAUGAUGAUGAUGACUGUGGUGACUCAUCCGAUGAAAGACCUCUCAACUCGUGCCCAGACAGCAAAGAAAACCCAGCUAUUGUGCCUGCUCAUAUUCCCAAUGUGUGCCAUGGAUUUGUUUGCAAGAACGGUGAAUGCCUUGAUGAUUUCAGUCUAGUCUGCAACAAAAAGCAAGACUGUAAGGACGGCUCAGAUGAAGGUGGACGAUGCGGUUCAAGCUGUGAUGUGACAGCAAAUUGCAGUCAGAUUUGUCGUGAUAAGCCAAAUGGACAUGAGUGUGCGUGUGUCCCUGGCUUUAAAAUUGCUGAGGAUGGCCGCGAUUGCGAGGAUAUUGAUGAGUGCACCGAAUUGGAGCCGUGUAGCCAGAUGUGUUUCAACACCUAUGGAAGUUACACCUGUGCCUGUCUUGGUCCAGAUUAUAUUAAAAAGUCAGAUGGGUCCUGCAAAGCCACUGGCCCAAAAUUGCAGUACGUCUUUGCUACCGGUUACCAGAUUCGCACUAUAUCAUACCUAAUGACCGAUGUCAAAGUGGCAUACUAUAGUGCAGAUCUUGAAGUUUCAGGAUUUGAUGUGAACAUGAGAACAGAGCAUGUCUACUGGUCAUCUGAAAACAAGGGUGUCAUCACAAAAAUGUCAUUAACGCACAGACACGAGCCAAAACAUUUCAUCACUGGUUUACGCCGUCCAUCAGAGCUGGCAGUCGAUUGGAUAACACACAACCUCUACUUUGUCCAAGCAAGGAACAUCAUUAAUGUCUGUAACUUCCACCUUGAACGCUGCGCACAAAUUUUGACCGCUGAAAGUGGCUUGGAGAUCAACAGUCUUGCCGUUGAUCCUGUCAGAGGUGUCCUUUUCUGGAGUGAAACAAGCCGCAUAGUCUGGAAUAUGCCUAAGAGCUCCAUCAGACGCGCAGACAUGAAUGGAAAAAAUAUUGAGACCAUUGUUUCAGCUAAUGUGAGCUACGCAUUGGAUCUUGCUUUAGAUCCAAUCCUCAAUCAUGUCUAUUGGGUCGACAAAACAUUGAAGGUCAUUGAAAGAGCUAACUAUGAUGGAACUCGCCGACGUGUCAUCUUGACAUCAAAGUUCCAUCCAAAAUCUGUUGCGCUCUUUGAUGGUUCUAUCUACUGGUCGGUUGAGUCGAGUGGAUCCCCGAUUACAAAGUGUGCUCUUCAAGGACUUUCCACGGAAUCGUACUCGUGCAAUCAAAUCCCAAUCAAAGUUGUAGAUCCAAUAACUCACUUCACUCUCAUGCAACCAGCUCUGCAAAGAAACAUAUCAAACGCUUGUAGGAACAUGGAGUGCAGUCACAUGUGCGUUCUCAGCUCGACAUUACCAUCAUGCAUUUGUCGCAAUGGAAAGAUAGUUCCUCCAAAAACAGCCUGUACGGAUAGCAAUUAUAUGCCAGAAACCCACUUUUUGGAAACAACUGGAACUGUUGAUGGUCAAAGUCCUGGAUAUUCUUGGUCAUCAAUCUGUGCAACAAUCAUCUUAGUCGCUUUCAUCGGAACAACUUUCUAUGCCUUAUUCUACUACUAUAACUCCAAGUACAACAUGCGACGUCUAUUUCCAUCAAUUCAUUUUAAAAAUCCAGCCUUCAACCUACAGUCAAAAUUCCAGGCUAAUGGGAUGACCGGUUUAGCCAGUGGCAACCAUAUGGCUCACUUGUCAUCGAAGGACCAUCAUUUCGAAAACCCUCUGCAAGAGAGUCGUGAAGGUGAAGUGAGAAUCGUUACUCCAAAUGAAAUCACGAUUAGCCGAGCCGAGACCAGUUGGACAUCAGCCCAUCUAGAAGACUCAAGCUCUAUAGAAACAGAAUACGCAGACCUUGUUGUCGAGACAAACCCCAAAGCUAAUUUGAUAUCGUGAUACUCUUUAAUCAUUUGAAAAAUGCAGUCGUGUAAAUAUGUUGUACAGUUUGUUUUUUGUUGAAUCUUUUAAUUUAUCUAUGCAUUUGUUGUUUGUAUAAAUUUUUAUUACCAUAUUUUGGUGUCUUCGGAACUGAAGUCAGUCAAAUUUAUCGAGUCAAAUUUCAUAUCGAUCAGGUCAGUUUAUGGUGUUUUUAUAUUUGUUUAAAGAAGAUUGAUCCAUUUUUAUCAAAAGCAUCUGUCAAUUAUCUUCCUUAGAAAAAUGAUACAAUCUAAAUUUUUUCAAAUUUAUAAUACAAGGAUUUGGAAGUCCAGAAAGCAAAAAUGGACCGCGUUAAACAGAAA